AUGACUGCGUGUGUGGUGGCAUCCUUUCUUGCGCCUUUGCUCGCCGCGCUUCUUUUGGUGACGCCGCAGCCCGGCGCACGCAGCCAGUCAACCCAAAAUAAUCGGCCAGCCGGUAAUAUCACUGGAAUCAUUUCUUGCCUGGAGCUGGAGGACGUCCCCAGCUGCUACAUCAACCAACAGCCCGGCGGGAAUAAUGUAUACCGACUGGUCUUCUGUGCUGACGUCAUGUCCGAGGAGGGGGAGGACGAGGAACAGCCGCAGCGGCAGCGACGGAUGCUGGAGGCGGGUCAGCAGCACCAGCAUCACCAGCAGCAUCACCAGCAUCAGGAGCGGCCCCAACAGCGGCAGCGGCAGCGGGCGCUUCUCGGAGAGUCCAUCACCACCCCCACGUCCCUCCGGAUCUUGGUGUACAUCGCGUCGUUCUGCGGAUAUGACACACCGGCCUCAGUCACAACAGAGCAAGUCACCGACCUGCUCUUAACCGGCAAAUGGACCUGGCGCAAACGCUCUCUGGCAGCCUACUUCAGCUCGUGCAGCUACGGCCAGGUCAGCUUGCUACCUGAGAACAUCCGGGUCCUGGGGCCCGUGACGGUUCCCUGCAACGGGACGUUGAGGGAGCCCCAGCCCUUCAGCAGCGGAGGCAAGUUCACAACCUCCCAAUGCACCCAGGAUGACAACAUGAAGAAGUGGCAUUACUGGCUGGACGCCUGGGCGGCAGAAACCCACGACGUGGAUGCCCGGGACUACCACCACAGGGUGCUGCUUCUUCCUAGCGGCUUUUCGGCGCGUGUUGCCGGCUGUAACGGCUUCUCGGGCACCGCAACUGCCGGCCGUUGGUCGUUGGACCGUACGGCAGUCAACAACUGGGGAUCUGGGCUGGUGUGGUGGAGCGGCGACAACUUUGCGGAUUUGGAAGUUAUCUUCCAUGAGAUCGGUCACAACUACGGCAUGGCGCAUGCGAAUGUUCCCGGGGGCUGCAAAGUGGGCUGGGGGGACCAGUGCGACCACACAUGCGCCAUGGGCUCGGCGUCCGUCGGUCAGGGCAUUCGGUGCCUCAAUGCGCCGCAUAAUUGGCAGAUGAGCGGCGCGCUGGUCAGCUCCGUCAUUGUAACGGGUGGCGGACUGCCGUACGGCCAGCGACUGUUCAUCUCCGCACGCACCAACACCUACUCGUACGAUUUACCUUGGGAUUUCUGGAACGACAACGUGCCAUACCUGCUGAUGCACACGUACAGCGGGACUGACGCUAUGCCGUACUCUGCGACGGUCCAAGUGGGGGAGAUCGGCGUCGGUAACACGUGGCGCGACGUCAACAGCAGCCUUGUCGUACGGUUUGAUUCAUGGGAUCGGACCGCCGGUGCUGCCGUACGGAUCUGCCGCCGCGUUGCCGCCACCGAGGCCAACUGUUAUGACGGCUUGGAUGACGACUGUGACUUUUUACCAGAUGCUAUGGAUCCAGAUUGUCGAGGUGCAGUAGGCGCAGAUGCUGGGGAAGCCACUGCCGGAGACAGCGACAUCGGCGGCAUCACAUCCAGGCUGAAACCGCCACCGCCGCCGCCACGACCGCGCUUGCGGCCACCUUCGCCACAACCUGCAUUACAAACCUCCGGCGCGCAAGCCUUUGCCGCCUCCGUCGCCUCGCCGACCGCCGCGCCCUCCAUCGCCCCGCCCGAGCCGCAAACCGCCGCCACAACUAAAACGAUUUCCAAGCCCGCCCGUACUUCGUGGCCAGUAGCGUGA